AUGAACGACAACAGCGCACCGGGGAUCGUGGUGCUGGGCGGCAUCAACAUGGACUUGGUCACCUAUUCCGACCGCUUCCCGGGGGACGGAGAGACGGUCGUUGGCCGCCACUUCGUUACCUACGCCGGCGGCAAGGGAGCGAACCAGGCCGUGGCCGCGGCCCGCAUGGGUGGGAGGACCGCCAUGGUCGGGCGCGUAGGCGACGAUAUAUUCGGUCCACAGCUUCUGGAAGGAAUGCGGCAGGCGGGAAUCGACGUCUCCCGCGUCGCCGUCUGGCCAGGUGAGAUCUCCGGCAUCGCCGUUAUCAGCAUCGACGGCUCGGCCCAGAACCGCAUCGUGCAGGUACUUGGCGCCAACGCCACCUGCGCUGAGGCGGAGGCGGCCCGAGCGAUCGCAGCGAUAGCAGGUGCAUCGGUCCUGAUGCUGCAGCUUGACGGUUGCACACUCGACACACGCUCGCCGAGGACGGGGCUCUAG